AUGGAGAGAUUCGAAAAUUCUCAUAUGAUCGCUUUCGUCAACGCCUCGAUGAAGAUGGAAAGAUCCGAAAUUUCUUUUCGGGUUUCUGCUUCUCCGUACACGGGGAAGAGGACUUUGUACGGUGAUAAGUACGUCGGCGUUAUGAAGAUAAGGAUCGGGGUUGAAGGGUACAACACUUCCCUUCAACCCAUUGAUCUCUACCGGGCUCUGGAGAGUCUUUUCAAGACAUGUGGAGAAGUCCACAACAUCCAGAUUCUCCGAGAUCCAGUGACAAAUGCACUCGAGAGGUCGUGCAUUGUUAUCCUGCGUGGAGAAGGCGCAGGAGACAAAGCCUUGCAACUCAAUGGAACUAUAAACACGGCUCUGGUUACGAGUUUGCCUCCAGGACUCACUGAUCUCCGCUCUGGGUUGAGUACUGAUGUACUCGCUGCUAGGAGCGUGGCACAUCAACGAAGAAAGUGUAGCGAAGGCAUAUCCAUUACUGGAUAUGACAUUUCUCGUACUAAAGGUGAUUUGAAGAAUGCUUUGAGUGAUCAUUUCUCCACAUGUGGUGAGAUUACCGACGUUUUUGUUCUCAACAGCCGUGCUCUCGUUUACUUCUACGGACUAGGCUCCAACAACCGAGCGGUUCAGCUGUCUGGAACCGACCUAGGAGGCUGCACACUGGUGGUCAAAGCCUUGCCCUAUCUGAAACCCAAAUCUAGUGUCUGGACCCGUUUGCGUUACCGUUUCAGUUCAAGCUACGGUUACCUUCAAGAUGCGUUUGUUUUGUUGGAGAAGAGCAUCUAUUCCUACAGUGCAUGUGGAGUCUAA